AUGACCUGAUGUGAUUCUUUAUUGUCGGCAGCAACAAGACGGAGAACAAGGUGAGCUCCCGGUCCGAUGCAGGUGUUGAUGAUGUCACUUCCUGUGGCGUUGCUGUGUUACUUCCUGUCCUCUCUGCUAUUGGCUGACGCAGCGCCGGCGGGCGAUGAGGUCACGUACCUGCCGGGACUCCAGAAACAGCCGAGCUUCAAACAGUACUCCGGUUACCUGAGCGUAGCCGACGGGAAACACCUGCACUACUGGUUUGUGGAGUCCCAGAAGGACCCGUCCUCGGCCCCGGUGGUGCUGUGGCUGAACGGAGGUCCAGGCUGCAGCUCUCUGGACGGACUGCUGACUGAACAUGGACCCUUCCUGAUCCAGGACGACGGCGUGACGCUGCAGUACAACCCGUACUCCUGGAACCAGAUUGCCAACGUGCUGUACCUGGAGUCUCCAGCAGGAGUCGGAUUCUCGUACUCAGACGAUCAGAACUACGUCACCAACGACACCGAGGUAUCGAUGAAUAACUUCCUGGCUCUGAAGGAGUUCUUCCGCUUGUUUCCAGAGUUCAGUAAGAACCAACUUUUCCUGACGGGAGAAAGUUACGGAGGAAUCUACAUCCCGACGCUGGCGGAGAGGGUGAUGGAGGACCCCACCCUCAACCUGCAGGGCGUUGCCGUGGGUAACGGGAUGUCCAGCUACGAGAUGAACGAUAACUCUCUGGUGUUCUUCGCCUACUAUCACGGUCUGCUGGGGAGCCGUCUGUGGACCCAGCUGCAGACGUUCUGCUGCUCCGACGGAACCUGCAACUUCUACAACAACCCCCAACCCAACUGCACCACCGCCCUGUCUGAAGUUCAGGACAUCGUCUACAGUUCAGGACUGAACAUGUACAACCUGUACGCCUCCUGUCCAGGUGGAGUCCACCAGAGGUUCAGUCUCCAGGCAGGUGAGCUGGUGAUCAGAGAUCUGGGAAACUCCUUCAUCAACCAUCCGUGGACGAAGCUCUGGAAGCAGAAGUUACAGAGCCUGGCGUCUCUCCACCUGUCGGUGCGUCUGGACCCCCCCUGCACUAACUCCACCCCCUCCUCCCUUUACCUGAACAACGCGUACGUCAGAGCCGCUCUGCACAUCAGCCCCAAAGCUCUGGACUGGGUCAUCUGCAGCUCUGAGGUGAACCUGAACUACGGCCGGCUCUACAUGGACGUGAGGAAGCAGUACCUGAAGCUGCUCGCUGCUCUGAAGUACCGGGUCCUGGUCUAUAACGGGGACGUGGACAUGGCCUGUAACUUCAUGGGGGACGAGUGGUUUGUGGAGUCUCUGCAGCAGCAGGUGGAGGUGCAGAGGCGUCCGUGGCUCUAUGACGAUGAGGACGGUCGGCAGGUCGGAGGAUUCGUUAAAGAGUUUAACAACAUUGCCUUCCUCACUGUGAAGGGUUCAGGUCACAUGGUUCCAUCAGAUAAACCAAUCGCUGCGUUCGCCAUGUUCUCCAGAUUCAUCAAGAAACAGCCCUACUGACCUCUGACCCCCCCCCACUGACCUCUGACCCUUGACCUCUAACCCCCCC